UAUCAUCCAAAUUACAGAUUCCAACCUGUUCCCAGAAAUCAAAACUCCAUUCCUUCCUCAAGAGCACUGAUUCUGAUUGACUCCUUUCCAUGACCAUUAAAAUAACCUCCUUGAACAUCCCACAAUCUCACUUGCCACCAUCUCUCACACAACCCAAAUCAACCAAUCCAUCUUUUCCUCAAACAAAACCCUACCAACUACCAAGUCCUCCACACAUCAACAACAACAACAUUAGACAUCAGUUCCCUUCCUAGCAAGUGAGUAGUGAGAGAGUGAGUGAGGAAAUUUCAUUUUCUUCAUCUUCUUCACUUGUUUUUGUAAUGGUUGUUGUGCAAUCUUCCAAGGUCCCACUCCCACACCCUUCUUCCCUCUCUCCCCCUCCCCACCCUCACACAACCUCCAUCCUCUUUGAACCCUCCUCCCUCUCCCUUGCCCUAACCCACUCUGACUCUUCUAUCUCUCUCUACAAUUCCUUCUCUCCUCACUCACACUCCCUCCCUCACCCCCAAACCCUAAUCCCCUCCCCCUCCUCCUCCUCCACCUUCCUCCUCCUCCAACAACCAUCCUCCUCCUCCUCCUCCGCCGCCGCCGCCGUCCUCUUCAUUGUAUCCUCCCCCCACCGCUCCCGCAUCCUCCUCCGCCUCUACCGUCUCCGCCGCGACCCCCCCUCCUUCGCCCGCGUGACGGGCGUCCUCUGCUGCCAUAAGGACCUCCGCUUCGAGCCCAGCCUCGGCGUCCUCCUCGACGCCAAGCACGGCGCCGCCGUCAGGCUCGCCGGCUCCGUCAAUUACUUCGCGCUCUACGCCCUCUCCAGCAACAGGGUAUGGGUUUUCGCGGUGAAAGAUGACGACGGCGGCGAUGAAGACGACGGCGGUGGUGUGAGAUUGAUGAGGUGCGCGGUGAUUGAGUGCGCGCGGCCGGUUUUUUCGAUGAGUGUUGCGUUGGGGUUCUUGAUUCUCGGGGAGGAGAAUGGGGUUAGGGUUUUUGGGCUGAGGAGGCUCGUGAAGGGGAGGGGCGGGAAGAGGAAGCAGCUGAGGAAUCGAGGAGGGGGUUUGGAGGUGGUGAACUGCAAUGGUGAUUUGGAAGGGAAGAUGGAAAGGCAUGGUGUUGCUGUGAAGCAGACAAAUGUUAAAUUUAAACACGAUGACAGAGAUGGAGGUUCAUGUUUUGUGGCGUUGAAGGGAAAUGAGGUUAAAACAAAAUCCACAACUAAGGUAUCCAUGUCUAUAAAGGCUAUUUCCAUUCAGGCUGUGUCCCAGAGGAUGUUUCUGAUAUUGGAUUCUCGUGGUGAUUUACAUUUGCUAUGCCUGUCAAACUCUGGCAUAGGAGUAGAUAUCACCAGUAAUGUUAAGCAACUGCAUCGUAUUAUGAAAGUUCAGAGUCUUGCUGUUCUUCCUGAUCUAUCUACUAUGUCUCAGACUAUCUGGAUAUCAGAUGGAUGCCAUUCUGUGCACAUGUUCACUGCAAUGGACAUAGAAAAUGCUUUAAAUGAAGCCAAUGACUGCAAUGAUAAGUUGAUGCAUAUCCCAGUUAAUCGUGUUCUUUUCUCCAGUGAGAAGAUCCAAGAUAUCAUUUCUCUAGCUGCAAAUUCCAUUCUGAUUCUUGGACAAGGAAGCUUAUAUGCAUAUGCUAUCUCCUGAAGCUGCUUUGCUUUUUUUAUCUUUUUCAAUGGAAACCAUUGUUCCUGUCCCCCUUGACGUUCUAAAGUGUACUUGUGUACUUGCGUGGUUCUUCGAUCAAUUCUAUCUUUCAUGGUACUCUGGUUGCCCUCUCCGUGUAGUGCAUUCCUAAGAUACUGGAGAUUGUGAAAGAUUGACAGGAUCAUUAGACUGGUAAUAUCCGUGGGGUUCUAUAAUUAUGGAGCUGUGAAUUUCAACAGCUUAAAUUCACCUGUCCUGCAAACCUGUCGGUCAACUGCUGGAGUACAUACCUCCAACAAAGAUGUUGGCUAUUAAUCCAAGUUGCUUGAUUCUCAUCUUCUGGAGGUUGGCUGAAAUCACGGUUUUCUGCCAGAGAACUGAUCAAGGUUCGAUAUAAAAGACAUGAUCUUGGCAGUUGGAUUGCUCCGCUUGUUGGAAUAGUGUUUAUUUGAUUGCAAUUUUCUCAUUCUAGCUAUAUCUAUGGUUUGUUAUUUUUGUGGAAGUUAGGUUGUGGAGUUAGAGGCUUAUCUAGUUAUUGAUGCAACCUUUAGUCUAUUAUGUUUUGGUGUCUUGACUUAACAAUCUCGAUGCCUUUAAUGCUUUACCUAUUAAUUAUGAUGAAUUUAUGUUCGAGUUU